GCCCAGGCUGAGGGGGCGUGGCCGGGAGAAGUUGUUCCGCGCUGGGCGGGCCGGCCGCGGACCCAGGAGCUGGAGAAGUUUGCGCGGCUCGCUAGCGAGCGAGCGGAGGGGAGGGUGCGGGCCCCGGCAGCGGCUUCCCUGCGCCCGCUGCCAUGGCUUUCCGCCGGAGAACGAAAAGUUACCCGCUCUUCAGUCAGGAGUUCGUCAUUCACAACCAUGCUGAUAUCGGCUUCUGCCUGGUGCUCUGCGUCCUCAUCGGGCUUAUGUUCGAGGUCACGGCCAAGACUGCCUUCCUAUUUAUUUUACCUCAGUAUAACAUUAGCAUGCCCUCAUCAGAAAAUGAGACUGUUCAGUAUCACUAUGGGCUGAAGGAUCUGGUCACCAUCUUGUUUUACAUCUUCAUCACUAUCAUCCUGCAUGCCGUGGUACAGGAGUACAUCUUGGAUAAAAUCAGCAGGAGGCUUCAUCUCUCCAAGGUCAAACACAGCAAGUUCAAUGAAUCUGGACAGCUAGUAGCCUUUCAUCUCAGCUCCUUGGUCUGGUGCUUGUAUGUUGUUGUGACGGAAGGAUACUUAACAAAUCCAAGAAGUCUGUGGGAGAACUACCCUCAUGUGUAUCUCCCCUUUCAAGUGAAGUUUUUUUACCUUUGCCAGUUGGCAUACUGGCUACAUGCCCUACCAGAGCUGUACUUCCAGAAGGUACGGAAGGAGGAGAUUCCACGUCAGCUACAAUACAUUUGUCUGUACCUGGUCCACAUAGCUGGAGCGUACCUCUUAAACUUAACUCGACUGGGCCUGAUCUUGCUGCUCCUGCAGUAUGUGGCUGAGUUUCUCUUCCACAUGGCUCGUCUUUUCUACUUUGCAGAUGAGAACAACGAGAAGCUGUUUAAUGCUUGGGCAGUGGUGUUUGUGGUCACCCGCCUCUUCACCCUCACCCUUGCUGUGCUGGCCAUUGGUUUUGGACUGGCUCGUAUGGAAAAUCAGACUUUUGAGCCAGAGAAAGGCAACUUCAAUACUUUGCUCUUCAGGCUGUGCGUGCUGCUGCUGGUGUGUGCCUCCCAGGCCUGGAUGAUGUGGCGCUUCAUCCACUCCCAGCUGCGGCGCUGGCGGGAGUACUGGAAUGAGCAGAGCGCCAAGAAGAGAGUGAUGGUUGCCCCCAGACCGCCAGCCAAGCUCAUCAAGAGGGAAUCUGGUUACCAUGAAAAUGGAGUUGUGAAAGCAGAGAAUGGGAUGUCCCCACGAACUAAGAAGCUGAAGUCUCCUUAAAGCGAGAAUGUGGAGGACAGGAAGCCUUCCUAGUGGGGUGUGCAGUAUAGAGGCCACGGGCCCAGGACUAAGUUACUGCCCCUAUUUUCCUGCUUGCUACACUCCCAUCUCCAACAUGUCUUUGGAAAGUGUCUGUCUGUCUCUCUCUCUCUCUCUCUCUUUUUCUCCCCCCCUCUCCCUCUCUCUUCUCUGUCUGUCUGUCUGUGCCCCCUUUUUUUAUAAACCAUUUUCAAUAAAACCAAAAAUCUUCCUUCUUUAUGUUCUUGAGCCAACUCACUUCCUCAUAUUCUUUGUUUGCUAGGGAACCUAGAAUCCCUACUACUUAUAGCUGUCUCUGCUCUGUCUCUCUGCUCUCUGUUUUUGUUCACAAAUAUUUUUCUUACAUUAUUGUGCAAUUAUUCAGUGUCUGAUUUUUGUGAUUAGGGAGGCCCACUUUUUCACCAUUGCUAUUCAGUCUCAGCUUCUCAUGGGCCCAAUGCGUUUCCAAGAAGCCGCUUAGGGUUGUUCACUAUUAACAGAUAUAUGUAUCCUUGGGCUGUUGCACCCUAUGGUCAACACACAGGAUGGACAAUAAGAGAAACGCCUGGAUCCUAAAGUUCACCCUUCUUGACUAGCCAUUUUCAUAGCUGUCCUCAGCUGCCCAGAUGUUUUAUUUCUAGUUCCCACCUAAUCAGUAGAGGUACCACAAUGGAUUCAAAUGUCACCUAUAGAAUUUGGCAUUGGAAUGUAGUCAUUCAGCCAUGAAAGAUAGUCUUCUCCCUUGAAUCUUGGGACUGAAGGGACACUUGCCUGCUGUUAUUCCAUUAGGGAGGUGCUGUUGGAGGUAGCUUUCCUCCUCAUACCCUAAGGCAAAAGCAAAGGCAAUGUAGACUGAAACAGAGGCACCUUUUAGAAGAUAGGCUAGGAGACAGAUGGGAUGCUUAUCAGCUGCUUUUUCUACAUCUCAACCUUGCAGUUGCUUUAUCAGUAGAUUUAUAAGUAUCCCAAAUUUAAAAAACAAAACAUUGUGGAAGAGAACUGAGGACAUAGUAAUCUUGGGCCCAAGACAAUCUUGGGCUCCUCUCUGGAACAGGCCUUGGCAUCUUAUCUUUAAACCCUUUUAAUUUCCUCAUUUCUUUAGGUGGUCUCAAACUCUCCUCCUCUUGUUCUGGUUAGCAUUGAGGGGCAGGAUAGGCCUCAACUCUCUGCCCUUAUUACUGCUUGGCUCUUAUUUUCUGCAAAUUCUCAUUGAAGGUGAACCAUGGUUGUUGAGUAUACCCCAUGGUACAAUAGAUACAGAGUCCAUCUUUCUGAAAUUUUAUCCAAGAGAAAGCUCACCUUGUCUGUAUGGUAUCUUGGGACAUUCUGUGAGGAAAGGAAGGGAAUGAAGUUUUAAAGAAUCUCAGAAUCUCUAAGAAAGUGGAAAGGAGUGACUCCGAGUGGCCAAAUGAGCACCACAUCAGCCUGCUUCAGGAAUUUACCUUCCUUUGGUGGUAAAGACUGGAUUGAGUUGUUAUAAGAGUCUGAGUUAGGCCACUGUUGGGCACCUUAGGCAAGGUUGGCCAUUUUGUUCUUGAUCUACCCUCCCAAAAAGGGUAUAGAUUUUCUCUAUAGAAGCUCCAAAGCAGUUGGAUCAUAGAUUUGGAUUUUCAGUCAUGGGGUUAGUUGGAAAGGGUAUUACUCUGACCCCUCUUCUCCUUCCAGGACAAGUUUAGGAACAGGGAAGAGAAUGGAACCCUGCUCCUAGGAUUUCCUUUGGAAGCUGGCAGGGUAUUGUUGAGUAGGUAUAAAUGGCUCCUCAUCUCUGUGACUCUCGCAAUGUUCUUGGUGCCAUAGAACUGAGAGGGUGGUUUCAGGAUCAGCAAGGCAAAGUGGAGACCCUGAGGGUCAGCCCCGUCAUCUUGUCACCUACCCCCAGAGGCAGCAGAGGCUUCCAGUGCUUGGACUUUUCUCCCAGACCCUCAAGCCGCUAAUUAUUAAGCCAGUGACUUCUUAAAGCACCACUGAACCCUUUCUUCAUGUCUGUAAUCAUUGGUACUCACUUGGUCCUGUCACUUGCUGCCAAAGUUGUCAGACAAGGCAAAUACUAGUCCUGCUGCCCACAUAGCUUUGCCCACAUUUUGUCCUCACAUCCUCCUAUUUGCACAGGGAACAAGGAUACAGGUUCCUAGAAGAUUCCAGGGUUUCCAGGCAGGGUAAGAUGUCCCGGACAGACUUAGCAGGCUGAGAUGUGGUUCUUUUCAGGACACAUGCACAUCAGGAAAAGCUGGGACUAAAAGCAGCAUCUAAUGGUGCCAACUUGGGAGUUCCACUUUAGAGGAGGGGCAGCAUUUAUGUAGUUGUACUUGUUCACUACCCAGCAAAUUCAUUUCCAUGCAAGGCCUUGUUAAAAGACUAAGGGGCAGGUUUGAUACCUCUACUUUAUCCCUCAUCUUUGAGCUUCUUGGGCAGGUCAGCCAUUUGGUCCUAAUCCUUGGGAGGAGAGGUGAUGGAUAGAAAUCCAUGAAACCACUCAGCUCCCUGAACCAAAGUGCCAAGACACCAGGGAAGUCCCUGCUUUCAUCCUCCCCAUCCAGUCUGAGGCCUGCUUCUGCCCUCACUCCCCUGUGGGAAUGGGAAUGAGAGUCUCAUCUACCUCAACCUUUGUCUUUCUCUCACUGGAAUCUCUUGGUUUUUGUAGCAUCAAUGUACUCGGGCAUGUUAGGGAGCCCCCAAGGGACAGGACAGACAUCUGUGCCUGGUGAUCCUGUCUCUGUAGAAGGAGAGGUUUGGGCAGGGUAGCACUAGGAAAGUCUCUUCAGCUCCAGGGUGGUGGGAGAGGGCCAGAGAGGAAAAGAGGGCUGCUUCUCAGCUCUGGAAGUCCAUUCUCAUCUGUUUACAGUAUUAGCUAGUUCAGCAUCUGGACCAAAUGGUUCCUGAAUCCCCGAUGUCCUUGUCACUGCAUCUGCUGUCUCAGGCCUUGAAGCACUUGGGCAGAGCUCUGAGUAAGGUCUAAGUUCCCACUGUAGCUGUAUCCAAAGCUUUCCUGUAACUCUCCUUGGAAUUGUCUCAGGAGAAGGGCUCCAGGUGGUGGGAGCACGGCCUCUCUAGGUUUUAGAGUUUGAGUCUCCUGGCAGAACGCUGGUCUGGAUUUCUUUCAGAUGCUUCAGUGUCUCCCAUCUGCUUUUGAUAGGGUUUAGAUGAGAAGAGACCAUUGGGUAGGCUUAGAUAGAUCCAGCUGCUGUGACCACUCCUUCACUUCUAGAAUCACAAUGUUAAAGCCAGAAUGGCACAGAAUUUUUUGGACCUUCCUCUGGGGAGUAGAAGGUUCCUGAAGGGCAUGAGGAAGGCAGGGAGGAUGUCUCAGAAUAGGCUUUCUUCCUCAGUCCUUCAUGCCUGAUCUAUGCCCUUUACUUACCCUUUUAUCUGGACUGUAUCCUUCUUCCUGAGGCCAUAGGACUUGGGGGUCUUGGCCUUUUGACUAACCUUGCUGUUGAGGCUAGGCAAUUGAUCCACAAAGGGAAAAAAAUCAUCCUGCCCUCCUUGGCCUUAUUUGACAUUCCGAGUGCCCAGUCAUCCAAAGUCUCACCAUUCUAAAGACUAAGAGAGACUUUUCCAUGGCCCUAACCCUCUGCCAGCCAACUCUUCUUUACCGGGUGGUUCAUGGGUUCAGAGAGCUGUAAAACAAAUAUGGCAAGACCCUCCCCAUUUAGCACCUCCUUGUAGCAGUUGUGUAACCCUAGGAGUAGAUGCUUAUCCUGCCUGUAUAACAAGUGCCUUACUUUGCCAAUACAUUCUUUUGGACCCUGAUCUGUGUAUGAUAGAGAGCCCCUCUGCUAACAUGACCACAUGUUCUGCGUGCCUCCCCAGGACACUGCCCCCUCGCAGUGACCACGGGGAAAAGGCUCCGUGUGGGACAGCCUAGCAUCCUUGGUCUCUGUGCCUUUAUUUUCAUUGUUGCCCUUGUAGGUUUCUGGCCUUAUUUCUUGGCUUUUGCCCCAGUUGAUUUUAGGAUUCUUCAUAGAGACUGCACAAAGUGUGGCAGCUUCUCUAGGUGUAGCCGGGGUUGGCAGGCCUGCCGCUAGCAAGCAAUGGUCAGAUGCUUCUCGUGGCAUCAUGCUUCCCAUUGCACCCCUCCCUACCCACCCCCACCAGGAACCCUCCUCAUCCUUCUGUGCCCACCCAGACACCUCCUCCUAUCACACAUAGCCUCAUCUCUUCCUCAUUUACUUCUUCAUUCGACCCAAAGUUUAAAAUCUGGAGUUUACUCUUCCCUUCCAGACACAAGUGUUAAUUCGUAGAAAUAGAUGCCCAAUCUUAUAGAAAGCCAGAUUGGUGUGGUCCUUUGUCAUAGAAAUAUCCUAUUUAGUUCUGAAUUCAGUGUUAUCCAUGUGUUGCCAGCAGUUCCCCUUCCCCCACUUCUUCCGGGUUGUGCAAUAACUCUCCCAGAACUUGUUAGUUUCUAGUUCCUUCUGUCCAUUAUGAAGCCCUGGAAGUUGGGAAGAGAUGGAGCACAUAGGAGGAACCAUCAUCCUUCAGUGGAGAAAUUCCAGCCAUUUCCUCUCUAGCUGUGAUUCUCCUUGUCCUAGAUAGGUUUCUGUGGCUCUUCAGUAGAACAUGUAGCAUAAUGUAGAAAUACAUAUUUUUUAAAACUUGUUGGAAAAAAAAUCCUCAUGAUAUGGGGCAUUAAUGUCUUCAAUUUUGAACGUGGCAUUUGGGAGGAAGACUUUGACCUAGUAUUCCUGGAUGUACUGCCAUCACAGCCUCCCUCUUGACCAAAAGGCAUUCCAGGGUUUUGAAUGGGAUGGGAGAAGAGGCUUCCUGUUCACAAGGAGAAUUGGUUUUCAGUACACUCUAGGCACAGGUGGUCCUGCCCUCUCAGCUGGCUGUGGGCACUCAGCCCUUUCCUUGGGUACAGGUGUAAUGGGGGCAAAUUGCAAACAUCACCUCCCAAUCCCCAUUUUUAAUAAACAGCUGAAAGAUGUGUAGAAGCUGCUGGUGCCCUGAGCAGCCCAUAAUGCAAAGAUGGAUACAUGGCCUUUUUUAAAAAAAAAAAAACCUUAUUUUAGCCUGUUUAUUUUAUGGACCAAAUUUCAACAAGAAACUCAAGGAAAACUGUACCUGCCAUAUUUAUGCAUCUGUGUAAAAGGGUUGUUUUAUCUGUUUUUACUUUUGAUGCAACUUUUUCCAAAUUCCUUUUCCAUUGUUCCCUCACCAAGUUUAAAAAGUUACAGUUUUGUAUGGAUUUUUUUGUUGUUGUUGAAAAUGUGCAUUUUGAAACAAAUGAGCAACAAAAAUAUUUUCUGAAAUAACAAUAAAAGGCAUAGAAUUAUCGAUCCUUAA